AUGCUACCCAUAAAAAUCAUCCAACAUACCCAUCUUAAUCUUUUGCACAUUUGCUGGUGCUGUGGAAAGCCCCAAGGGCCAGCGCUGGUGGUCACGGAGAGCGGACUGGUGGCAGUGGCUUUCGAUGCUCCCUUGCAUCCAGUGCAAGCCGCACAGGCUGUGGGGCUUCCAGAACAGGAUCUGCCACCGCUCUGGUUGGUGAGAAGUAGUGCGGUGCCCGGCAAAGCGAUGGCCUGGGUGUGGCAGGGCCAGGCUAUGCCAACGCAAGCGCCACAGGCGGUGAAGGAGGCCGCCAAGCAAUCCGCACGGAUGUCCGAGAGUGUUGCGGAGGUGGUGGUCCGCACGAUCCAACGCUACUAUGCUGUGCAGGUCUUGGAGCCCUCCACCCGUGGAUUUCUGUCCAUCCUUGAAAAACAAUUCGCAAGAUCCGACUUGUACCUUUUCGAAGUGCUGCAAAAUGCAGUGGAUGAUGGUGCAUUGCAAGUGUGUUUUGAGCCCAAUCAGCUGGGUUUGGCGGUGAAACACGAUGGACGGAGAUUCACGGCUCUGGAUGUGCUGGGUCUUUCCUCUGUGGGCCUGUCAACAAAGGGUGACGGCCAAAAGCGCACCAUCGGCUUCAUGGGAAUUGGCUUCAAAGCUGUCUACAAGCGCUAUGCCCGUGUGGUUGUGCAUGACCAGCGGGGGCCCUGUUUGCUUGCUAGGCGUUCCGAACAACAGGCGACAGCCGGAGCCGCCGGGAGAGCCGCUCCCCGCCACGUCGUGGCGGCGGCGGUGGCGGCGGUGGCGGUGGGCGUCGCGGACGGAUAUAGCCCUCCACCGCGGCGCUCCGGUGGCCGCAGUGGCAACCGCAGCCGCAGCCGCCGUGACGGUCGCCGGGACGACCGCCGAGACGACCGUCGCCCAGAUCCCAAGAAGAAGGCCUUCGAAGAGAAGCGAAUCCCUCCACCAGCCGUGCGGGGUCCCGACAAGCCCCAAAUCACCGAGGAACAACGAGCCAACAGUGUGGAGUUCAAUGGCCAUUACUAUGCAGCUUUGGACUUUACCCCUCCGAAUCAGGGUGGAGAGUCGGCAGGGCAGAAGACUCGCAUUCAGAUGCCAUAUGGCUGGGAGGUGGCCGACAUUACCGAUGAUGUGCGUGACGCCGUAGUGAGGCUACACACCUUUGGCACGGAUUUUGUGGUGGGCGAGAGUGGCAAGGCAUUCCACACAGCCAAGGGGACACGGCCCGGAGCUCUUGAGAUGAUUUGGGACUAUAAGAAAGACAUGGGCAUGUACAAUUUGCACCAGGAUGGAAGUCUCGCUGCCAAGAAUGCGCGAAUUCUGAUCAGAAUUGCAGUCCCCAAGGUGCUUUGGCGCUUCACUUUUGAGGAACUGCCAAUGACACAUGGCAAGGCGGGUUCCAGCUAUGGAUGGGUUUUGCAGCCACGCUGGGAAGCUCCUGAGGCUCUGUGGGACGGUCGUUCUUCGCCCACGUUUUCAUGGUGCCACUUCCAACUCGAAAGGCCACGUGAGGGCUUACCUGGUGUGCAAAGAGAUCUGGCUCGACUACCAGAGAGUGUGCCGGGUUUGCUUGGAAGGAAAGCUUUGAGGGAUGCGGCUCGCAGGGCUGCGGAAAGGACGCUGAAAGAGCUGAGCGUCCAUGGACAACUUGACCGAAGGGCGGCGGAUGCAGUACAUUACUGGUGGUUGGAGGCUCAAAGCUUGCUGGGCAGCCUAUCGCCAGAGUUGCUGCAGAGGCCGCUUGCUAACAUGCUGCCACUCUUGUCAAGAGAGAGCAAGGAGCAGAUCUGGGAGCGCUGCAAGGCCACCGUCCUUCAGGAAGUCGAAGCCACCUUAGCCAUGCCUGAAAGGCUUGAGGAGUAUGGUUGGCGAAUACAGGAUGCGGCUGGCCAAGCUGUUGGUCCAUAUCCUGUCAGCCAUUGUCGACAUUGGGUUGGCGAGGGGCGGUUGAAUGGCCACACCAAGGUCCGCGGACGUGGAAUGGGCUCCUUCCGUUUCCUGCGGGAGGUCUUUCCUGGAAGACCGUUUAUGCCUCCGCUGCCACCAGCAUGCUUUAGGCUUGAAUGGGGCAGUGCAGGUCAUAGCGUCUCCCUGGCCCAACGCAUCGCCUUGAAGGACGGUGUUGCGGAGGAGGCGACGCCUUGGGCACCGUUGUUCCAUGAUUUUGAAGCAGCGGUGAAGCAGGAUUAA